UGUACGUUACCUUGUUAAAGAAGGUGCUGAAGUAAAUAAACAAGAUAAAGAUGGAGACACUGCACUCCAUUGUGCUGCACGAAACGGAUCAAUGGAAAUUGUAAUUUACCUUGUUAAACAAGGUGCUGAAGUAAAUAAACAACUUAAAGACGGAGACACUGCACUUCAUUGUGCUGCACAAAACGGAUCAAUGGAAAUUGUACGUUACCUUGUUAAAGAAGGUGCUGAAGUAAAUAAACAAGAUAAAGACGGAGACACUGCACUUCAUUAUGCUGCACGAAACGGAUCAAUGGAAAUUGUACGUUACCUUGUUAAAGAAGGUGCUGAACUAAAUAAACAAAGUGAAAACGGAGUCACUGCACUUCAUUGUGCUGCACUAAACGGAUCAAUGGAAAUUGUAAGUUACCUUGUUAAAGAAGGUGCUGAAGUAAAUAAACAAGAUAAAGAUGGAGACACUGCACUCCAUUGUGCUGCACGAACAGGAUCAAUGGAAAUUGUACGUUACCUUGUUAAAGAAGGUGCUGAACUAAAUAAACAAAGUGAAAACGGAGUCACUGCACUCCAUUGUGCUGCACGAAACGGAUCAAUGGAAAUUGUAAUUUACCUUGUUAAACAAGGUGCUGAAGUAAAUAAACAACUUAAAGACGGAGACACUGCACUUCAUUGUGCUGCACAAAACGGAUCAAUGGAAAUUGUACGUUACCUUGUUAAAGAAGGUGCUGAAGUAAAUAAACAAGAUAAAGACGGAGACACUGCACUCCAUUGUGCUGCACAAAACGGAUCAAUGGAAAUUGUAAGUUACCUUGUUAAACAAGGUGCUGAAGUAAAUAAACAACUUAAAGAGGGAGUCACUGCACUUCAUUAUGCUGCACAAAACGGGUCAUUGGAAAUUGUACGUUACCUUGUUAAACAAGGUGCUGAAAUAAAUAAACAAGAUAAAGACGGAGACACUGCACUCCAUUGUGCUGCACAAAACGGAUCAAUGGAAAUUGUAAGUUACCUUGUUAAACAAGGUGCUGAAGUAAAUAAACAACUUAAAGAGGGAGUCACUGCACUUCAUUAUGCUGCACAAAACGGGUCAUUGGAAAUUGUACGUUACCUUGUUAAACAAGGUGCUGAAAUAAAUAAACAAGAUAAAGACGGAGACACUGCACUCCAUUGUGCUGCACGAAAAGGAUCAAUGGAAAUUGUAAGUUACCUUGUUAAACAAGGUGCUGAAGUAAAUAAACAAAGUGAAAACGGAGUCACUGCACUUCAUUGUGCUGCACAAAACGGAUCAAUGGAAAUUGUACGUUACCUUGUUAAAGAAGGUGCUGAAGUAAAUAAACAAGAUAAAGAUGGAGACACUGCACUCCAUUGUGCUGCACGAAACGGAUCAAUGGAAAUUGUAAUUUACCUUGUUAAACAAGGUGCUGAAGUAAAUAAACAACUUAAAGACGGAGACACUGCACUUCAUUGUGCUGCACAAAACGGAUCAAUGGAAAUUGUACGUUACCUUGUUAAAGAAGGUGCUGAAGUAAAUAAACAAGAUAAAGACGGAGACACUGCACUCCAAUGUGCUGCACGAAAAGGAUCAAUGGAAAUUGUAAGUUACCUUGUUAAACAAGGUGCUGAAGUAAAUAAACAACUUAAAGAGGGAGUCACUGCACUUCAUUAUGCUGCACAAAAUGGGUCAUUGGAAAUUGUAAGUUACCUUGUUAUAGAAGGUGCUGAAAUAAAUAAACAAGAUAAAGACGGAGACACUGCACUCCAUUGUGCUGCACGAAAAGGAUCAAUGGAAAUUGUAAGUUACCUUGUUAAACAAGGUGCUGAAGUAAAUAAACAACUUAAAGAGGGAGUCACUGCACUUCAUUAUGCUGCACAAAACGGGUCAUUGGAAAUUGUAAGUUACCUUGUUAAACAAGGUGCUGAAGUAAAUAAACAACUUAAAGAGGGAGUCACUGCACUUCAUUAUGCUGCACAAAACGGGUCAUUGGAAAUUGUACGUUACCUUGUUAAAGAAGGUGCUGAAAUAAAUAAACAAGAUAAAGACGGAGACACUGCACUCCAUUGUGCUGCACGAAACGGAUCAAUGGAAAUUGUAAGUUACCUUGUUAAAGAAGGUGCUGAAGUAAAUAAACAACAUAAAGGCGGAUUCACUGCACUCCAUUGUGCUGCACAAAACGGAUCAAUGGAAAUUGUAAGUUACCUUGUUAAACAAGGUGCUGAAGUAAAUAAACAACUUAAAGAGGGAGUCACUGCACUUCAUUAUGCUGCACAAAACGGGUCAUUGGAAAUUGUACGUUACCUUGUUAAAGAAGGUGCUGAAAUAAAUAAACAAGAUAAAGACGGAGACACUGCACUCCAUUGUGCUGCACAAAACGGAUCAAUGGAAAUUGUAAGUUACCUUGUUAAACAAGGUGCUGAAGUAAAUAAACAACUUAAAGAGGGAGUCACUGCACUUCAUUAUGCUGCACAAAACGGGUCAUUGGAAAUUGUACGUUACCUUGUUAAACAAGGUGCUGAAAUAAAUAAACAAGAUAAAGACGGAGACACUGCACUCCAUUGUGCUGCACGAACAGGAUCAAUGGAAAUUGUAAGUUACCUUGUUAAACAAGGUGCUGAAGUAAAUAAACAACUUAAAGAGGGAGUCACUGCACUUCAUUAUGCUGCACAAAACGGGUCAUUGGAAAUUGUACGUUACCUUGUUAAACAAGGUGCUGAAAUAAAUAAACAAGAUAAAGACGGAGACACUGCACUCCAUUGUGCUGCACAAAACGGAUCAAUGGAAAUUGUAAGUUACCUUGUUAAACAAGGUGCUGAAGUAAAUAAACAACUUAAAGAGGGAGUCACUGCACUUCAUUAUGCUGCACAAAAUGGGUCAUUGGAAAUUGUACGUUACCUUGUUAAACAAGGUGCUGAAAUAAAUAAACAAGAUAAAGACGGAGACACUGCACUCCAUUGUGCUGCACAAAACGGAUCAAUGGAAAUUGUAAGUUACCUUGUUAAACAAGGUGCUGAAGUAAAUAAACAACUUAAAGAGGGAGUCACUGCACUUCAUUAUGCUGCACAAAACGGGUCAUUGGAAAUUGUAAGUUACCUUGUUAAACAAGGUGCUGAAAUAAAUAAACAAGAUAAAGACGGAGACACUGCACUCCAUUGUGCUGCACAAAACGGAUCAAUGGAAAUUGUAAGUUACCUUGUUAAACAAGUCACUGCACUUCAUUAUGCUGCACAAAACGGGUCAUUGGAAAUUGUACGUUACCUUGUUAAACAAGGUGCUGAAAUAAAUAAACAAGAUAAAGACGGAGACACUGCACUCCAUUGUGCUGCACAAAACGGAUCAAUGGAAAUUGUAAGUUACCUUGUUAAACAAGGUGCUGAAGUAAAUAAACAACUUAAAGAGGGAGUCACUGCACUUCAUUAUGCUGCACAAAACGGGUCAUUGGAAAUUGUACGUUACCUUGUUAAACAAGGUGCUGAAAUAAAUAAACAAGAUAAAGACGGAGACACUGCACUCCAUUGUGCUGCACGAAAAGGAUCAAUGGAAAUUGUAAGUUACCUUGUUAAACAAGGUGCUGAAGUAAAUAAACAACUUAAAGAGGGAGUCACUGCACUUCAUUAUGCUGCACAAAACGGGUCAUUGGAAAUUGUAAGUUACCUUGUUAAACAAGGUGCUGAAAUAAAUAAACAAGAUAAAGACGGAGACACUGCACUCCAUUGUGCUGCACAAAACGGAUCAAUGGAAAUUGUAAGUUACCUUGUUAAACAAGGUGCUGAAGUAAAUAAACAACUUAAAGAGGGAGUCACUGCACUUCAUUAUGCUGCACAAAACGGGUCAUUGGAAAUUGUACGUUACCUUGUUAAACAAGGUGCUGAAAUAAAUAAACAAGAUAAAGACGGAGACACUGCACUCCAUUGUGCUGCACAAAACGGAUCAAUGGAAAUUGUAAGUUACCUUGUUAAACAAGGUGCUGAAGUAAAUAAACAACUUAAAGAGGGAGUCACUGCACUUCAUUAUGCUGCACAAAACGGGUCAUUGGAAAUUGUACGUUACCUUGUUAAACAAGGUGCUGAAAUAAAUAAACAAGAUAAAGACGGAGAUACUGCACUCCAUUGUGCUGCACGAACAGGAUCAAUGGAAAUUGUACGUUACCUUGUUAAACAAGGUGCUGAAGUAAAUAAACAACUUAAAGACGGAGACACUGCACUCCAUUAUGCUGCACAAAACGGAUCAAUGGAAAUUGUAAGUUACCUUGUUAAAGAAGGUGCUGAAGUAAAUAAACAAAAUAAAGACCGAUUCACUGCACUCCAUUGGGCUACACAAAACGGAUCAAUGGAAAUUGUAAGUUACCUUGUUAAAGAAGGUGCUCAAGUAAAUAAACAAGAUAAAGACGGAGAUUUUUGAAUAUUUUUAUAUUAAACACAAGUCUUACAAACAUAAA